AUGUCGUCCGCAGAUGUUAAUGAAUUGACUGAGGCAACAGCCAAGUUGUCCGUCGAAGAUAAGGUUGAGAAGAAGGAGGCAGCUUCUCCAGCUAGCGAGAAGGCUGAUGGUGCCAAGAGUGAGGAGGCAGAGAAUGGCAAGGACUCCAAGGACUCCAAGGAUAACGAGCAGACUUUUGCUUCGUUGUACGUUGGUGACUUGGAUCCAAGUGUCACUGAGUCCGAUCUUUACGAGAUUUUCUCGAAAGUCGGUCAGGUUUCUUCGAUCCGUGUCUGCAGAGAUGCAGUCACCAAGAAGUCUCUGUGCUACGCUUACGUGAAUUACCAAAAGAGGGAGGAGGCUGAGCAUGCAUUGGAUACUCUGGCCUUCUGCGACAUCAAGGGCAAGCAGUGCCGUAUCAUGUGGUCGCAAAGAGAUCCAUCGAUGAGAAAGAAGGGCACGGGUAAUGUGUUCAUCAAGAACUUGCACCCAGAUAUCGACAACAAGACUUUGUACGAUACAUUCUCGACGUUUGGUAAGAUUCUUUCAUGUAAGAUUGCCACGGAUGAGCAUGGCCAUUCGAAGGGCUUUGGAUUCGUCCACUAUGAUGAUGCCGAGAGUGCCAAGGCUGCCAUUGAGAAUGUGAACGGAAUGUUGUUGAACAAUAUGGAGGUGUACGUUGCCCCUCACAUUCCAAGGAAGGACCGUGAGUCGAAGAUGCAGGAGAUGAUCAAGAACUUCACGAACGUUUAUGUGAAGAAUUUUGGCCCUGAGAUGACCGAGGAUCAGCUCCGUGAGAUGUUUGAGGCCUACGGUAAGGUCACAUCUACGUACCUGCCAACAGACAACGAGGGAAAGGCUCGUGGCUUUGGAUUUGUGAACUUCGAGGAUCACGAGGAGGCCGCCAAGGCCGUCGAUGCCCUCAACGAGAAGGAGCUCGAAGGUGGAAGAAUCUUGUACGUUGGCCGUGCACAGAAGAAAAGAGAGAGAGAGGAAUCUCUGAGAAAGCAGUGGCAGCAGGCUCGCCAGGAGAGAAUCAGCAAGUACCAAGGAGUUAACUUGUUUGUUAAGAAUCUUGACGACACCAUCGAUGACACCAAGUUGAAGGAGGAGUUUGCUCCAUACGGUAAGAUCUCCUCCGCCAAGGUGAUGACUAACGACGCAGGUAAGUCCAGAGGCUUUGGAUUUGUUUGCUACACCAAGCCAGAGGAGGCCACCAGGGCCAUCAACGAGAUGCACCAGCGUAUGGUGAUGGGUAAGCCACUUUACGUUGCUCUUGCCCAGAGGAAAGAGGUCCGUCACAACCAACUGAGCCAGCAGUUCCAGCAGCGGAACCAGAUGCGUUUGCAGCAGGCUGCCGUUCAAGGUGGCAUGGGCCAGUUCGUUGCCCCAAUAUUCUAUGGCCAGAAUGCUGGCUUCAUCCCACCAAUGCCAGCAGGUGUCCGCGGUGCUCCAUUUGCCGGAAAUGGCGCUCCUCAGAUGAUGAUGCAGCAAGGUGCUUCUCGUCCAGGCCAAGGUGUUCCAGUUUCACCUGGCCAGUUCCGUGUUGGUCCUAACGGCCAGCCGGUGCCAAUGUACAUGCAACCAAUGUUCAACGAGUAUCAGCAGCAGCAGCAGCAGCAGAGAUACUACCAGAGACAGAACCACGGUAAUGCACCUGCAGGUGCUGGGAAGAAGGGUGACAAGCCUGGUGAAGAGCAGGAGGCUGCGGUCACUGCCGUCAACAGUGCUUCUUUGGCCGACUUCUUGCCUAAGCUUGCUCCUGAGCAGCAGAAGAGAGCUCUUGGAGAAGAGUUGUACGCUAAGAUCGAGGCUACUGGUGAGGCUUCUGACAAGGAGGCUGUCGGAAAGAUUACUGGUAUGAUGCUUUCCAUGGACAACAAGCAGAUCUUGGACAUGUUGAAGGACGAUGCUCUUUUCAACACCCAGUUCCAGCAGGCUUUGUCCGCCUACGAGAGUUACAAGAAGGGACCUGACGCCCAGUAA